AUGUAUGACCCUAAUCAAGAACCAUUCACAUACAGAGUGGGAGAUAUAUUAGGAAGAGAUUACUACGUCGACGCGUUGGUCAAUUCUCUAAGUCGCCAUCUACCCACGGAACUAGCAGUGCAAGUCUCCAAUACAAACAGCGCCCCGAUCAAAAUGCCUGUAUGGAAACGUCGUCCAGGAAAAAAGCAUCUCGUCAUUUUCCUCUGUUAUCAUGCAACAGCGCACGAGCUCGAGAAGACACAGCUAAUUUUAGAAGAGUCACUUCCAGCAAUUUUUCCGGCUGAGAUGACACGACUAGAUCUGAUAGACUUCUGGGACGAAAAUCGUGUGUGGGAUGCAAAACUAGGAGCAAGAUCAGGGAUCAUGCCUCUGAUAUAUCUGCGCAGGCCUUUGUCUGGUGUCGAUCGUCAAUUUGAGAUUGAUCAAACAGUCAAUCAGGUCGUAUCAGAUGAGUACAAGUCUGAUCUCGGCCAUGACCUACUUCACCACUUGCCUUUCCCGCGUUUGAAAGGGUUCAGAUAUAUGCGUGUCCCUGUUCAUUUGGCAUACUCCAUGAAUACCAACCUGAUGGAACUUUAA